CUGAAUGCUGAAAGUGUUCCUCUCAGCUGAGAAUGAGGCGUAGGGAGCAUCGCAGCGUUGCCAUUCCCGUUUCCUGUCUGGAUGAUUGUUGAUGAAGAGCGCGCAGUGAAAGCCAGCGGGCUGGAAAGCGACACUCCAUGCACCAUGGUCCGGGAUAAAAAGGAUAGAGACAGCUGGGGGUCUUUUGUGGACAAGCAUGUAUUUGAGUGGAGCUCUGAGGAUGAGGAGCCAGACGGUAAGGCUCGGCCAGUGCAGGUUCUGGUGGUGAAGGAUGAUCACACGUUCGAGCUGGACGAGGCAGCGCUGAGUCGGAUCCUGCUGGCCAAAGACCUCAGAGACAGAGAGAUAGUCGCAAUAUCUGUUGCUGGAGCUUUCCGGAAGGGGAAGUCCUUCCUCAUGGACUUCAUGCUACGCUACAUGUACAGCCAGGCGAGUGAAGACUGGGUAGGGGAUCCUGAUGAGCCUUUGACAGGUUUCUCAUGGAGAGGAGGCUCUGAGAGAGAGACCACCGGCAUCCAAAUCUGGAGUGAGGUCUUCCUGGUGGACAAACCAGAUGGAAACAAGGUGGCAGUGCUGCUGAUGGAUACACAGGGAACGUUUGACAGCCAGUCCACGCUGAGAGACUCAGCUACUGUAUUCGCCCUCAGUACCAUGAUCAGCUCCAUGCAGGUGUAUAACAUAUCACAGAAUGUUCAGGAGGAUGACUUGCAGCACCUGCAGCUCUUUACAGAAUAUGGUAGACUUGCCAUGGAGGAAACGUUUCUCAAACCGUUCCAGUCAAUGAUUUUCCUGGUGAGAGAUUGGAGUUUUCCAUAUGAGUUUCCCUAUGGACAAGAGGGAGGGAUGAAGUUCCUGGAGAAAAGACUAAAGAUUUCAGAGAACCAGCAUGAGGAGCUGCAGAACGUGAGGAAGCACAUUCACUCCUGCUUUACCAACAUCUCCUGCUUCCUCAUGCCUCAUCCUGGCCUCAAGGUCGCCACCAACCCCCACUUUGAUGGCAGACUCAAGGAGAUUGAUUCAGAGUUCAUCGGUAACCUGAAGGUGCUGGUGCCAUGGUUACUCAGCCCCAAAAACCUGGAUGUCAAAGAAAUCAAUGGCAGCAAGAUUACCUGCAGAGGCCUGCUGGAGUAUUUUAAGGCAUAUAUAAAGAUUUACCAGGGAGAAGAGUUGCCACACCCCAAGUCCAUGCUACAGGCCACUGCAGAGGCGAAUAACCUGGCAGCUGUAGCUGCAGCUAAAGACCUGUACAACCGAAAGAUGGAAGAGGUGAGUGGGGGUGACCGGCCAUUUCUAGCCCCGAGUGAGCUGCAGGCUCGUCAUGCAGUGAUCCGUGAUGAAGCCCUAGCUGUGUUCCGUGGUGUGAAGAAGAUGGGUGGCGAGGAGUUCAGUCGCCGCUACCUGCUGCAGCUGGAGGCAGAGAUCGACGAGCUCUUUGUGCAGUACAUCAAGCACAAUGACUCCAAGAACAUCUUCCAUGCAGCACGGACACCCGCCACGCUCUUUGUGGUCAUCUUCAUUAUGUAUGUGGCGGCGGGCAUCACAGGCUUCGUGGGCGUGGAUGUGAUCGCCAGCGUGUGCAACAUGGUUCUGGGUUUCGCUCUCAUCACGCUCUGCACCUGGGCCUACAUCCGCUACUCCGGCGAGUACAGAGAGCUCGGCGCCCUCAUAGACCAGGUGGCUGGAGCGCUGUGGGACCAGGGAAGCACUAAUGAGGCUCUGUAUAAGUUGUAUAAUGUGGCUGCCAAUCAUAGGCAGCUGUACAACCACGCCUUCCCCAGACACCAGACUGAGCAGCACCCCGAACAGGACAAGAAGAGAAACUGAGAACACACACUCUCUCACACACACACACACACACACACACACACACACACGCAGGCCCAGAUGUACACCCACUCUGUCAAAGAGAUGCUCCAGCCAUAGCACACUUGAGCUUUUUGGAUCAUGCACGUGACAUCAUGGACAGAGAGAAAGAGAAAUCAAGAGAAAUAGAAAAUGCAAAAAAUUCGCAUUAAUGCUGUAUAAGGAACAAAGGUCAGAUUCAGUUGCCAUGGCAUGGCAUGCCACUAAUAGCUCACAGAAAUCCAGUAUAAUAGAUAAUAACUCCUGGAAAUCCAGUAAUGUAGAUUGGAAUCCCAAGAUCUAGGUCCAACUCAGCCUGGAUUUUCCACCAACAAGAUGUUGGAACUGAUUCAGGGAACCAGUGAACAAUCCACUCGCCUUUCCACCGGGUUAAGAGCCAAACCAUUACAUAAUCAGAGCAUAUCUUACCAUCCAAAGUAAUAUUCAUAAUAUGUGGAAUUAGUAUUGUAAGGUUCUAUCUCCAAUUCAUUCAAACACCAGAUAGAACCUUAUAGUAGUAAAGUCAUAAAUUGUUAUACCUUGUCAUGCACAAAGAUUAUAUACAAAAUGCCAGAUACAUGUGUGGCACUUAUUAGCAUUAACAUUAAUAAAGUUGCUCCCAUUCAGUUUGUUGCAUGCUCGCUUGUUUGUCAGACAUUUUAAAUUUUUUUUUAACGAAAAUAAUUUGACACCGUUCACGUUUUAUUGUAAUGGUGGCUACAAGAGUAAAAAGAAUGAGUGGCUGAAGUUGUUGUCAUGCUGAUAAAAUAAUGUCAGACCAGCCACAUUUUGUUUUUAGAGGCGAAAUCAUUUUUCCAUCCAAGGAUCGCCUCUUUUGCGGUGAAAACGCAGUGUUCCCAGAUUAGGCCCUGGCACCUUGUUGUUGGAAGAGGGCUAUGAUAUGACUACUGCUCCAUCGAAGCAGAAAUGCAAACUGCGCAUGUGGAUAGUCUCAUGUAACGUCUAGUGUUGUAUUGUUUUAUGUUGUCCAAGAUAGUUUAAAUCACGUGGUUUAGAAAAAUGUGAACUUGCCAAGAUUUCUCAGUGACUGGAUUAGGAAAUUCUAGACACCUAGAAUAUUGCCUAAUGUCUCCUGGAUAUGAGGUUAAAGGUGCAGGGGGAAAGAAGAUUUUCUUUUCUAACCACAUCCACAUUGAUUCAAUCUGAUUUUACUGUGCUAAAGCUGAGGCCACAAAGUUUUGCAUGGUGUUCUUGAACCAUCUUUUGGGAAUGAUUGAACAUUUUCCCUCAAGUCUAGUUUUUCUCUAGUUCUCAUUCUUAGAAGCUAUGUCUCUUCCCAUAUUACACCUUAGCAGUGUCUGACUGAUGGUGUGAAUUUUACGCACUUUGGGCUAGAGGCUUUAUUCUGGCCUGGAUCACAAUGAUUUAAAUUACUAUUUUGCUUAUAAUUUGAGAAAUAGAUCCAACCAAGUUCAUCAAAAAUAUCACAGGCUGGUGCAAAAAUAUAACUGUGGGAGUGAGCAAGAUUUGUCAAGAUUUCCCUUGGGGCAGGCAAGAUUGGUCAAGAAUUCCUUUAGGAGCCAGAAGGACUGGUCAAAUUUUCUGAGGGAGUGGGCAGAAUUGGUCAAGAAUUUCUUUAGGAAUGGGAAGGAGUGGUCAAACCUUCUAAGAAAGUGAUCAGAAUUGGUCAGACUUUCCGAGGGAGUGGGGCGGAUUUGUCAAGAAUUCUUUCGGGAGUAGGCAGGAUUGGUCAAGAAUUCCUUCAGGAGUGAUUGGCCAAAAUUUCUGAGGGAGUAGACAGGGUUGAUCAAAUUUGAGGGGACUGGCAGGAUUAGUCAAACUUUCUGACGUAGUGAGCAGGAUUAGUCAAAGUUUCUGAAGAAGCAGACAGGAUUCAUCAAAAUUGAAACAGUCCAACUUAGUAUAAAUAAUGUACUGAAUUUGGAUACUAAGGUAACUACAGUUGACUAACUACAAAAGUUCAUUAUUGCUACCAAAAGAAAAUGCCAUACCAGUCCCAGAUAAAAUGCCUUAGAUAUAUAUACAUCCUCCUCCAUAAAAGCCGCAAAUCUUUAGGCAGAUUUCAUCCUCUUUUGAUUUUCUAACUCAAUGUAAAUAUAAAUCUUACCCUCUGCACUUUUAAUAUAUAAAAUCUUCAGUGUCCUGGCAAUUAUGGGCAAGCUUUUGUGUGUUGGUAACUGAAUUAUGUUGAGUUGAUGCUGAAAGGUAUAAGGGCGAUAAAGCAUGGUUCACUCAAGUAUGUAAGUGUCGUGCUGAAUGAGCUUAAGCCUGUUCUGUACAUGUGCUGUUCCUGCCUGAAGUGCGGUCAGAUGACUGUAGAUCCACCACAGUAAAGGAUUCCAUUUAUUCACUAUAAAUAAGCAUAAUCUAAUACACUUCUGCUAUUCUUGCUGUACAUACACAAUAUUCACACACGUACACACACAGCACUAAAACGCAGAGAACAAUCUGUGCUGAUGGCUGUAGAACACUAUCCUGGCUGGGUUACACUCAUACUGUUUUAUUUUGUAACAAGUGUCUUGUUUUAUGUUGAAUCCAGUGCUAUUUAUAAAGAAUUAAAUAUUACAUGUUUAAAAACUAAA